CGAAAUGUACAUGUGCUUGUCUGCCCAAGGCGUGAAGUACAACGCUUUGCUGAGCUUACUACUGAUGAGACUAGCGACUUGUGGAUUACAGCACAAAAAGUUGGCAAACAACUUGAGUCAUACCACAAGGCAUCUUCUCUUACAUUUACAAUCCAAGAUGGACCCCAGGCAGGACAGACAGUUCCUCAUGUUCAUAUUCACAUCAUCCCACGGAAAAGUGGCGAUUUUGAAAAGAAUGAUGAGAUUUAUGAUGCUUUGGACGUGAAGGAGAAAGAGAUGAAGCAGUCACUUGAUUUGGACAAGGAAAGGAAAGACAGAAGCAUUGAGGAGAUGGCUGACGAGGCAGAUGAAUAUAGAAAACUUUUCUAGUGAAGAAGCAGAUGAAACUUUUCUUGUGAUGGGGCUUACAUCAUCUCAUUAUUACUCUCUUAGAGUCUAACUGUUGCCCAAGUGCUUUAUUGAUCACCAGCUAUGGUGUGGAUCUAACAUUUGGAUUCCUUAUAAACUAUAUGUGAUAAAACUGAAGCUGUUGCUGUUUUCUCCUAUACGCAAAUUCUUUUCUUUGGAUGAACCACCUUUUUGAGAGCUGUUGGCUAUUAUGUACCACUAAUUUUCACAGUGACAGCUAGAAUAUAAUUUGAAGGGGGUGAGAAUUUAUCUCCUUUGGUAUA